CGACGGGGAGAGGGGAGGGGAGAAGGAGGGAGGGAACAGGACAGCGCGCUUUCCGUGUCGCCCAUUGUUGUCCUCGUCGCGCGUGUAAUGGCCACCGCGAACAUUUGUUAACGCGUCGUACGCACGCUACGUCGCAUCGCGCCCCGGCCUAGCCCGUGCCACGGAUAAACACCAGGAGUCGCGUCCGGCACGCGUAUAACGCCGUUCGCGGCAGUUUUACGCACCGCCGUCGGCGAAACGGACAGAGAGAGCGAGCGAGCGAGCGAGAGAGGAAGCGGGACAGAGAGGGCGAAGGGGAGCGACAGAGAGAAAACGAGAGACGUGCAUACUCAACGGCGGAGGAGCGGCGGCAACCGCGCGCUUCGUACCUACAGUCGCCGCAACCGCCACCGCGCCGCUCUACGCAGCCGACCAUGAUUUGCGCGGGCCAACGCUGCUGCUUGACAAGCGUGUGAUUACGAGAGGUGAUUAUUCGCGCGCGCUUCGACCGCGUGCCGAAGCGUUGCGAGCGCGCCCAGCGCUUAACCAGCCGAGCCGAGCCGAGCCGAGCCAAGCCAAGCCAAGCCGAGUUGAGUCGAGUCGAGUCGAGUCGAGCGGAGCCAAGCCGAGCGGAGCCAAGCCAAGCCAAGCCGAGCCGAGCUGGACGACUAGGCGGGAGUUCGGGGAACCGAACGGAGGUGCGAGCGAUCGGACGCGGAUCCCGGUCGUAGAGUCUCUCCAGUUGCCGAGAACGCCAUUGAUUUCUCGGAGCGCGGGCCGAUCGCGCUCCUCGCAAGCGACGAGAGCGUCGCGCGCGCGACACAACACGAGGGGAAGAACACCCACCUUCCCCCCUCCCCUCCCGCCAUCUAUGCGCCUCGGUUCUCUUGCUCCGUAGAUGUUGUACGCGAGUCGAGUGUGCACGAGCCGAGAGCCACGCGCGAGAUCGUCGUCUUCCUCGGGGUGAGCCACGCGGCCUUUCGCGUCGUCGCCGUCAUGGCAACUGGAGGAUCAUCGGUUACCGCACGGCAGCCGGACUUUUAACCCCGCGGCUCGUCGGACUAUCGCACGGUCAAAGGCAAUACAUCAAUGGCCCUAGAAUCAAAUGGCAACAACGUGGUGUGGUUGAACACAACCCGUCCUGAUCAAAUACAGCAGAGUCAACCGAUCGAGCAGCCAUUGAAGUGUUCUAUGUUUACUCAAACGGAGCAGACUAACAGUUUUACUCAGACAGAGCAGAGCAAUUCGAGUUACGGAGAUCAGAGACAGCAGCAAACAGCAAUGUUUGACCCGCAGCAGAUCCAGCAGCAGCAAGCUGCUGCACAGGGCCAACAGUCGCAGCAGCAGCAGUCCCAGCAGAUGUAUGUCACGGAUAAGAAGGAAGACAAGUCGCAGCAGCAACAACAAUCCACUACUUCCGAGUUCCCUUCCUCCUUCUACUACAACGUCAACAUGCUGCAGAAGGUUCAAACAAACGCGGUGAGCACAAUCAGUGCAAUCGCCGACGACAAGGGUUGUUAUCGUUUCGAUGUGCAACCUGUUGGUUAUAACACAUUACUGAAUCAGAUGAGCAUUGCCGCUGCCACCAAUGCGACCUUCAAGUGUGAGAUUUGCGGGUUGGUCUUUGGCCAUGUGAGCCUGCUGCAACAUCACAAACGGAUUCACAACUCGACGCCCAACAGCAAUCUGCCGCAACAGCCACAGCAGAUUGUGGUACAAGGACCGACAACAGUGACUGUUGCUACCACACCAGAAAGACCAUACACCUGUGACACUUGUGGAGCGUGUUUUGCAUUACCGGGAGAAUUAAAAAGUCACAAAACAAACAUGCAUCAGAAACCUAAGGUGCAACUCUGUGAAGAUUGUGGCAGUGAGGACCCAUGCGAACAUCAUCCAACUAAAGUUAAAAAGACUAUCAAACCUGGUCAUCAUCCUGUGAAACGGAGGGGUGUUACCAGUGUCACCAAAUGUCACAAGUGCAAUGGCACUGGAAUUAUUUUUAUUGGUAAACACGACGAAAAACUAGAUUCCGGAAUCAGUUCCCUCGCAAAGUGUGGCGGCUGCAAGGCUACAGGCCGCAUCGUCAUAGGAAGUGGCAAGCAAAACAGUCAGAAUCAGGCAGAGAAACCAUUUCACUGUAACGUUUGUGAUGGUACAUUUUCUCGAUAUUCUUCGCUCUGGUCCCACAAGAGACUUCAUUCAGGAGACAAGCCAUUUAAAUGUGAAGUUUGUGGUUUAGCAUUUGCAAAGGCUGCCUAUUUGAAAAAUCACGGGCGAGUUCAUACUGGUGAGAAGCCGUUCAAGUGUAGUGUAUGUGGCAUGCAAUUUUCACAAAGCCCACAUUUAAAGAAUCAUGAGCGAAUUCAUUCCGGUGAACGACCGUAUCAGUGCGAGGUUUGCGAGAAGACAUUCGCCAGACACUCGACACUUUGGAAUCAUAGAAGAAUCCAUACUGGCGAAAAGCCAUACAGGUGUAACAUUUGCGGUUCUGCUUUCAAUCAAGCCACGCACCUCAAGAAUCACGCUAAAGUUCAUACCGGCGAAAAGCCACAUAGGUGUGAUAUAUGCGAAAUCGGUUUUUCCGAUCGUUUCGCACUCAAACGUCACCGUGCAAUUCACGAAAAGUACGGUCAGACGGCGCGAAAUCAGAACGCUAAUAAUCCGGCUAACGCACAGCAAGCUAACGCAAGUAGUCAACAACAACAGCCGCAGCAGCAGCAACAGCCGCAGCAGGCGCAACAAGGCCAAGUCGUGGUUGUGAAUGCGACUACUCCCGUCACCGUCAGCCAAGGGCAAGGCCAAGUGAUGCUCGAUGAGGUCUACAAGUGUCAGGUGGCCUUCCCAGAGCCUAAAUGAUUCAGCUAGAGAAUACCUUUCAGGAGCUGGUAAAGAGGUUAACUUUUCUAAUCUUUUUUUUUUAAAAGGAUAUUAUCUUGAAAAAAGGCGAAAUCUAUGAAUGUAUGAUAUUGAAGAUAAAUGUGUGGACUAUGUCCUAAAAGAAUCAGGUGAGUCCAGCAUGAGUGAUCGAGCAGUGCGUCUCUUUUUUCUCGCGUGCGAUGACUCAAAUUCUAUGGAAGAAUAUUUGGUUACAUUUUUAUCCGUAUCUAUGUCCAAACUACUGAUAGUAGUUUGGACAUAGAUAUGUAUAAAAAUUUAAAAAAAAAAGGAAAAAAAUGGACAAAAAAGACUCUGCGACAUUGCGCGAGUGAAUGUUUCGUGGAAUGUGUCCUCGGAAGAGUUUGGCUCGUAAUAUAACGGACAAUUCCCCAACCGCCAAGAUCAACGAAGUCUCUUUGUGAAGUAAUAGAGAAAUACGUCUACCUUUAUAUUUUGUCUUUCGGAAAGGUGGAAGAAUAAUUGAAUCGCGCGGUAUAUUUCAUAUAUAUUAGUUUUUUAAAAACGAAACGGGAAAUAUAAUUGUAUAAUCGUAUUAUUCUUUCUUAUGUGUGUAAUAAUCGUUGAUUUUUCCUUAAGAACAAAAUUGCUAGACAUUUUGCCAACAUUUCAUAAUUCCGUGAAUGGCAUUGUGCAAUAGUUUUGACAAAUUUUACGAUUAGAUCGAUAACAAAAUGUACUUUUGAAUAAUUGUAACAACAAAGAAUUGCGGCGGCGUGUAUUUCGGCGAUAAAAAGCGCAAGUAUGAGGUAUUAGGUUCUUUUUUUCAGUAAAUCAGAAAUACAAUUUCAAAUGAAAGGAAAAAAAUUGCCCGUACCUUUCAAUGCUCAAACCUCGGCCCUUCUGAUUUUCAGGUGAUAUCAAUGUAAAGACAAAUUAUUUUUACGCGUUAUUUCAAUGUAAAAUUGUAUUUAAAGAUUUUAGUAUUGGAAUUUUCAUACAUUUUCAAUCGCAAAAAUUUAUCUGACAAGUAUGAACGCGAAAAUGGAUUUGCGAAUAGAGAAUUUUCAUCGGCGCUUAAUUGCGGAUAGCGUGGAACGGAACGACAUCGCGAUCUGUGCGAGCCUUCUUCCGUCCAGUCAUUCGGGAUCAGAAAGCAUCGCAUUACCGAGAUGAUGAUAACAACGACCAUGAUAACAGCGGCGAAAGAGUAGUGCGGCACAUACCUAUAUAACUCGCUGGAGCUGCAAUAAUAAUAGUAAAUAUCGACGGGCAGACUAAUCCGUUUUAUAAUUUUAAGAGGCCGCGAACUAUAUGAAUAUAUUAGUUAAUGAAUAGUUACUAGUUUGUAACGAAUAGUAGCUGAGCUAGGAUAUUAUCUAUAUAUAUAUAUAUAUAUAAAAAUAUAAAAAUAUAUAUAUACAUUAAUUUUUAUAUCCCCACUUGUUAAAGCGAUCCCGCACCGUCGCUACUUUUUAAGUAUCAAGGAUCACCAAACGAAUAGAUUGUACAUUGAUAGCUCCAUACAUUCAUGAUUGGCAACUUGUGUGCUAUAAAGUACAGUCGCAAUAUAUGUAUAUCGUUUUCAAAGCUGUUAUUUGGAUCCUCUCGAGAGCAUCGAUAGAUGAUUCUUCUUGCAAUUGUUUCGCGAACAUUACUUUUUUUAUUGUCAUUCUUGCAUCUUUAUUUGCAAACUUACUAACUCACCAAGAUAUUAUUAGCGGGAAGGGAUACUAUGCACCAUCUUCCUUGAUUUUAGAAAAGAUUUUAUAACGCAUCGUAAAGAAAAUAAACACAAGCGGCUUGAAGAUUUCUCAAAAGAUAAUUUUUUUUAUACAAGAUUACAUUUUCGUGGAGUAUUAUGAUAGACAUGUCAUUAAGUCUAUGUGAUUGUCAAUAAACUCGCUGCUCGAAUUUUGUACAGAAUUCGAAAUUGAGAAUAUUUCU